AUGGCCACCUUAAGUUCCUCGGCUGGCAUCGCGGAGGCGUUUGUCAGCGGCAAAUGUUUCGAAAUGGGUCAGGGCUACGAGGACAUGAUCUACAUCAAGGAUGCGCUGUCCGGGGCAUAUAACAAUGGUGUCGGAUGGCUCCAAACUGUGGCGGGGAUCGGUGCUUUUUGGUUCAACCGUCAGAGCCUCAGAGAUGAUGAGCGGGUGCGUGACGCUGUCGCGAGCGUGGCCUUGUCACUCGCCGCGUUCGCCGCAGACCUUACUGACUACCUCGGGAACACAGUGGUCCUCAUUGACAAGUUCGACACCAUCGAAGAAGCCUUCCUGGGCGAUGGUACUUUGUCCGACGGCAGCAGGACCGUGAUGUUUUUCCGGGGCUCUUUUGACGAAGCAGGUGCGCGGGUGAACUUGUGGUCAAUCGUCGGCAUCUGCAUGGGUUGCAUGGCAGCUUGA